AUGAAGCUUAUGGAUAUCGACAGUGAGCACCUUGGAAUUCCAGAGGCAGAGUACCAUGCUAUUGUUCGGAUGCCUUCUUCUGAAUUUGCAAGAAUUUGUAAAGAUCUCAGCAGUAUUGGUGAUACAGUUGUGAUCUCUGUGACAAAGGAAGGAGUCAAGUUCUCAACAAGAGGUGAUAUUGGAACUGCAAAUGUUGUUUGCCGUCAAAAUACCACAGUUGACAAGCCGGAGGAAGCUACAGUUAUAGAGAUGAAUGAACCAGUGUCAUUGACAUUUGCACUGAGAUACAUGAACUCCUUCACCAAGGCAACUCCACUGUCAAACACCGUUACAAUCAGCUUGUCUUCUGACCUUCCUGUUGUGGUUGAGUACAAGAUUGCUGAAAUGGGUUAUAUCAGAUUCUAUUUGGCUCCCAAGAUUGAAGAGGAUGAUGAGGAGACAAAGCCUUAA